AAUUCUUUUUUUUGAUCCCUCCCUUUUUUUUGUUCUUGUUUCCGUUAAAUCAUUCAAAAAAUAUAAUUUACACUCUUCAACUCUUUUUUCUUUUCUUUUUCUUUUCUUUUAACCUAAUUCCCCAUUGCUCGAGGAAGAAGAAUAAAUAAGAAUCAUGCUUCGCUCGUUUACUCCCAAGGCCCGCUCCUCUGCUCUUUGGCAGGUUACCCGCGCAUACAGCUCCGCCAAGGAGUUUGACACUGUCGUUAUCGGCGCUGGUCCCGGCGGAUACGUCGCUGCUAUCAAGGCCGCCCAGCUUGGCCAAAAGGUCGCCUGUAUCGAGAAGCGCGAGACUCUUGGCGGCACCUGCCUGAACGUCGGCUGUAUCCCGUCCAAGGCUAUGCUGAACAACUCUCACCUGUACCACGAGGCCCAGCACGGUUUCGCCAAGCGUGGUAUCGACGUCAGCGAUGUCAAGCUGAACCUUCCCCAGCUGCUUUCGGACAAGGACAAGGCUGUCACGGGCCUGACCCGCGGUAUCGAAAUGCUGUUCAAGAAGAACAACGUCGAGUGGCUCAAGGGCACUGGAACCCUAAAGUCCGCCAACGACAUUGACGUUACUCUGAAUGCCGGCGGUGUCGAGAGCAUCAAGGCGAAGAACAUUAUCAUUGCCACUGGCUCCGAGCCUUCGCCGUUCCCUGGGUUUGAGAUUGACGAGAAGCAGAUUAUCACGUCGACCGGUGCUCUGGCUCUGGAGAAGGUUCCGGAGAAGAUGAUUGUUAUUGGUGGUGGCGUCAUUGGGCUUGAGCUCGGAUCCGUGUGGAGCCGCCUUGGUGCCGAAGUCACCGUCGUCGAGUACUUGCCGGCUAUCGGUGCCGGUAUGGAUGCCGAGCUGGCCAAGUCCUUCCAGCGGUCGCUGACCAAGCAGGGUCUCAAGUUCAAGGUGAGCACCAAGGUGUUGGACUCGGAGAAGCGCGACGGCAAGGUGUUUGUCAACGUUGAGGGCGCGAAGAACGGCAAGAAGGAGACGCUGGAGGCUGAUGUUGUUCUGCUGUCGGUUGGCCGCCGUCCGUAUACCGAGGGCCUGGGUCUGGAGAAUGUCGGCAUUAAGCCGGAUGCCAAGGGCCGCGUUGAGCUGGUGGAUAACCAGUUCCGCACUUCCGUGCCCAACAUCCGCGUCAUCGGAGAUGUCACCGUGGGCCCGAUGCUGGCACACAAGGCUGAGGAGGAAGGAAUUGCCGCCGUCGAGUACAUCACUCAGGGCCACGGCCACGUCAACUACAACGUUAUCCCCAGUGUUAUCUACACUCACCCGGAGGUCGCCUGGGUGGGCAAGAAUGAGCAGCAGCUGAAGGAGGAGGGUGUUGCGUAUAAGAUUGGCUCGUUCCCAUUUGCUGCUAACUCCAGGGCCAAGACCAUUGAUGAUUUCGAGGGCCUCGUUAAGGUUAUCACGGAUGCUGAGACUGACCGUAUUCUCGGUGCUCAUAUUAUUGGCCCGAAUGCCGGUGAGAUGAUUGCCGAGGCUUGCUUGGCUAUGGAGUAUGGAGGUUCGGCCGAGGAUGUCGCCCGUACUUGCCAUGCCCACCCCACUAUGUCGGAGGCUUUCAAGGAGGCCUGCAUGGCGGCGUACUCCAAGGCCAUUCACUUCUGAAAAAAAAUAGAAACUAUUUCUGUUGUUUUUUUGUGUCAAGUUGGAUAAAAAAAAUAUAUAUUUCUU